AUGGCUGAUACCGCACAACGACACCCGAACCUUCACCUCACUCCUGAGGAAAAGCGCGUUUUCUUCCAGCUUUUCCAGGCUGCUGAUACCACCAACCUCGGCGUCAUCACUGGUGAAAUCGCCGUUCCAUUCUUCGAGAAGACUCACCUAUCCCCUGAUACUCUCGGCUUGAUAUGGCAAAUUGCGGAUAAAGAGAACAGGGGUCUCCUGACCCCGUCUGGCUUCGGUAUUGUUUUGAGGUUAAUUGGACAUGCCCAAGCUGGCCGCGCGCCUUCCGACGAGUUGGCUCUACAAUCUGGCCCUCUGCCUCGGUUUGAUGGAAUUGUGGUCGACACAACGGCAAGCAUCCCGGAAUCGGGAACCAAAAGCCCUCCACCUGGACCGGGUGGACCUAUCCGUGUUCCUCCACUUCAGCCAGAUGACGCCAACAAAUUUGUUUCGCUGUUCGAGAAGUCGGACGUUAAGAAUGGGGUGAUCUCAGGCGAAAUCGCAAAACAGAUAUUCGAACGCGCCCGGCUCCCCAAUGAGGUUCUGGGUCGUAUUUGGUUCCUGUCCGACACCAAGCAGCGCGGUGCCUUGGAUGCCACCGAAUUCACCAUUGCCAUGCAUCUCCUGACAUCAUACAAAUCUGGUGCUCUGCGCGGCAUUCCAGCGACCCUCCCACCUGGUUUGUACGAUGCGGCAGCUCGAAGGGGAUCCGCCGCGCGUUCGUCGUUUGGGGCGAGACCCGAUGUGCCCCCCAUCCCGGCCAUUCCCCAGCAAUUUACUGGCCCCCAGCGAACUACAAGUCCCAUGAACCAAGCCAAUCGUUCGCCUUUCGUAGGCUCUCUUUCCGCCCAGGCCACUGGAGGUGACUGGCUAAUUACUCCACAAGAGAAGGCCCAGUUUGAUAGCAUUUUCGAGACUGUUGAUACAGCAAAGUUGGGACUUAUCACUGGAGACCAGGCUGUUUCUUUCUUCAUGAAAGCACAGCUUCCCGAAGAAACCCUUGCUCAAAUCUGGGACCUUGCAGAUAUCGACGCAGAUGGCCAGUUGAGCCGGGAAGAAUUUGCUGUCGCUAUGUACUUGGUAAGAUUGCAGCGUAGCGGCAAGGAGCCGCUGCCACAAGUGGUCCCUCCCGCGCUCAUCCCGCCCAACAUGCGCCGCCAAGUGCCGGCACCAAUAGUGGCCCCCACACCUCCCCAGGCACCCGCCCCAGCUGUACGGACAGCCGCUGAUGAUUUGUUCGGCCUUGAUUCGCCCGCACCCCCAUUUGCCCAGCCUCAGAUGCCUCAGUCUACCGGAGGCUCCAAUAAUGUGUUCCAGACCCCAGGAUCACCUUCCUCUAGGGCCUCCCCUCAGACGGCAUCGCACACCUUCAAGCCUUUUGUUCCAACUUCUUCAUUUGGCCAGAGCUUGCAGCCCCAGAUCACUGGUGCGUCAGCCGGAACCCCGACUGCAGCUCGUUCCCCCCCGCCUCCCUCGGAUGAUCUCCUCGGCGAUAAUGACCCCGAAGAAUCAAACAAGUUGACCAACGAGACCACUGAGCUCGCGAACUUGUCUAACCAGAUCGGUUCUUUGGCCAAGGAAAUGCACACUGUGCAGGAGAAGAGGACCUCUGCUGAACAAAACAUUACACAAACUUCGCAGCAGAAGCGUGACUUUGAGGCACGUCUUGCGCAAGCACGCUCUAUGUACGAGCAAGAGGUUACCAACUUCAAGGCACUUGAGGAGCGCCUUAAGUCAUCCAAAGCAGAGACAGAGAAACUGCAGCAGCAAUAUGCAUUGCUGGACGGCAGCCGCCAGGAUCUGCACAACCAAUACACGCAAGUUUCGACCGCUUUGGCUUCCGAUGAGCAGGAGAAUGCCAGCCUGAAGGAGAAGAUCCGCCAGGCCAAUGCUGAAGUUGCCCAGCUUAAGCCGGCACUAGAGAAGGCGCGAUCUAGUGCGCGCCAACAGAAGGGCCUUGUUGCCAUUAACAAAAAGCAAUUGGCUACCGUUGAAGGUGAACGGGACAAGCUCCAGGGUGAAAUUGACGGCCUGGCCCGUGAGACUCCACAGUAUUCUGAUGAGUCUGCGACGCCGGCCGGCAGUGUGCCUGAGGUUGUAAGCCCUGCUGACUCUACAGCGAGCCAAAACACAAACCCAUUCUUCCGCCGAACAGGUAGCUCAAGUGAACAGGCACGGUCGCCUGAUGUCUCGAAUGAUCAGCAAAGGGCAUUUGAUAGUCUCUUCGGACAGUCAUUCGCAGCUGCCCCUGCUGCCGGGCCACCACCAACUUCGUUCCGCUCCGAGUCGCCACAAGUUGCGGUCACAUCUCCUGUUACCUCUGCUGUUCCGACUCCAUCAGUCUCUCCGCCUCCUGGCCCUUUGCCUGGCGCAUUCCCUGCCGGGCCCUUCUCUGAGCCACCGCCUGCGACCCAGUCCCGCCAACUGACCCCAAACUUCCUGCAGUUCAACGAUAAUCAGUCUGUGACCUCGUCUACUAUGGUCUCACCCCCCGCCAGUCGAUUUGGCGGCCCUGAACCCUCUGGAUUUGAUACGCUUUCUCAGGGGGGUACCAGUGACUAUGGACCUCAAUCAGUGGCAGAAUCUAGCGACUACAGUCGUGCACCAACCUCGACUUUUGGAGGUACCCCGGUUCGGUCUCCGUUUGAAGAGGAAGGGCCAGACACCUCGGCUAGGUUCCCUGAGGUCCCAGCUGCAAUUGCCCCAGCCGCAGCUCCCCCAGCCGCGACUGCUCAGCUGCCCGAAUCUGCAACAUCCCCUGUCGCCAAUGAGAGCCAGGUAGAAGGCAGCAAGGACCUAAGCUUCGAUGAACUGUUUGGCAGCAAGGCACACAAACGAUCGGAAUCCCAGCAAGAGCUACACCACGACGAUGACGACGAUGAGAGCUCCGAUGACGAAGAUGCUUUUGGGUUCGAUGACAAUUUCACGCCUCCCGUACCGGUUGCCAAACAGGAGACCCAGAAGGAUUCUAUUGACGCUGCUCAACUGGCUGCUUUCCCUGCCCCGGGGAACUCAGCCAAAGCCCCGUCUCCUGGGGCACUACCGAGCCCUCCAGAGUAUGAAGGUCCCAAAGAAGAUAACGUUCAUCUUCCUCCUCAAUUCAAUGGCCUUUUGCCUGAGCGCACCGAUCCCACCGUUGCACCGGAUGCACCCCAUUCAGUGGAUCACUCCACUGGUGCGCCAGUUGUAAGCAACGAGACCCAACGAGACUCUGUCACGGACGCUGCCAUCCCGACCGGUGGAGCGAAGGCCGGAGGACCGGACUUUGAGGCGGCCUUCGCGGGAAUGAAUCUCGCGCCGGCAACCGAAGCCGAUGACGAUGACGACGACGAGCCACAGAGUCACGAGGUCAAAAAUACGACCGACUUUGAUUUCUCUUUCGACUCCCCGUCCCAGAAGCAGCAGGCUGUCUCCGGUGCCGAUGUUGACCAAUCCAGCUCCUCUCAGUUCUUCGCUUUCGACAACAACGUCCAUGCAUCCACCGCUCCGCCCGUCGCAUCACCCAAAGAGGGAGAAUCCAAGCCGGCUGCGCAUGAAUGGGAUGCGCUUUUUGCGCCCCUUGACAACUCCAAACCUGACACCGGCGAAGACUCGAAUGGAGCAAAAGCUAAGCAGCCUGGAUGGGCUCUGAACAACGAUACUGGUGAAGAUGACCUGAUCCUUCAGCGGCUGACCGGCAUGGGCUUCACGCGGGACGAGUCUCUCGAUGCCUUGGAGAAGUAUGACUAUAACCUUGACAAGGCUGCGGACCACUUGACUUCGAAGACUUGA